GUGGUAGGCCACCAACAUACUUUAAUAUGAGGGUCAAGGGUGCAAUUAAAAACAAAUAUUAUAUUGGCGAGAGAAUAUAUUUUGAGUGUGUCCCAGGAUAUUAUCACUUCACUAUUCAUGUGAUGUCGGGUGUUUGUAAACCUGAUAACACGUGGACUACUCCUAUGGUGGAAGCAUGUUUAAAAAAAGAAUGCCCAAGUCCAGUAGUAAAACAUGGUGAAGCAUAUUCCCCAAAUAAAACCUUUGAAUACGAAUCAGAAGCUCAUUUUUUUUGUAAUGAAGGUUAUUACUUAGUUGAGAACAAAGUUAUACUUUGUAUUCUUGUUGGAAAUGAUGUGAAGUGGAAUGAUACUGUCCCAAAAUGUGAAAAGGUUUACUGUAAAUCACCUGGACAAAUAAAAAAUGGAAAGCACACGAAUAGCCACAGGGAUAUAUUAGAAUAUAAUGAAUUAAUAACUUACAGUUGUAAUCAUUCAAAAGGACCAGAAGAAUAUUCACUUGUUGGAGAGAGUAAGCUUAUUUGUUCUGGGAAUGGCAGGUGGAGUAGUGCCCCUCCUCAGUGUAAAGGAUAA